CAUUUAUUGAACUGUUGGUGGCCUCCGAACAAUACCAAAGCAAAGAUUUGGAUUGGAGAAGCAAAGCAAGUUCUUCCAAAGUAUCUACCAUGGCGCCCAUACGGAUGAUAGAUAUUGCCGUCAACUUCACAGAUGGAAUGUUUAAAGGCAUUUACAAUGGCAAGCAACAUCACGUUUCUGAUAUAGCUACUGUUUUGAGUCGAGCUUGGAAUGCUGGCGUCGAUCGAAUUAUCGUUACGGGUGGUUCCCUUGAGGAGUCGAAGGAAGCUCUUGCUAUUGCAGAAACUGAUGGGAGGCUUUUCUGCACAGUUGGCGUGCACCCGACUAGAUGUAAGGAGUUUGAAGAGAGUGGGGAUCCUGAAAAGCAUUUCCAAGCUCUUUUAGCGUUGGCUAAGGAGGGAAUUCAAAAAGGGAAGGUGGUUGCGAUUGGUGAAUGUGGAUUGGAUUAUGACAGGCUUCACUUUUGCUCCCCGGAAAUUCAAAAGAAAUAUUUCGAGAAGCAGUUUGAGUUAGCUUAUGCCACAAAGCUGCCUAUGUUUCUGCAUAUGCGUGCAGCUGCAGGAGAUUUCUGUGAAAUAGUGGAACGAAAUAUUAAGAAGUUCUCCGGUGGGGUUACUCAUUCGUUUACCGGAACUGGUGAAGACCGUGAUAAGCUUCUCUCAUUUCAUAACAUGUAUAUAGGUAUAAAUGGAUGCUCUCUGAAGAUGGCUGAAAAUCUUGAUGUUGUGAGGGACAUACCCAUUGAGAGAAUGAUGAUCGAGACCGAUUCUCCAUAUUGUGAAAUCAAGAGUACUCAUUCAGGGAUCAAGUUCGUUAAAUCCUUAUGGCCUUCUAAGAAGAAAGAAAAGUAUGACCAAGAAAGUCUGGUUAAAGGACGUAAUGAACCUUGUUCAGUUCGGCAAGUUCUUGAGGUGGUAGGGGGCUGUAAAGGAAUCAAUGACAUCGACCAGUUGAGUGCUACAUUGUAUCAGAACACCUGCAGGGUUUUCUUCCCUCAAGACUUGGAUGCUGCAGCCAAUGCUCUUCUUGCUGGUCGCCAUGAAAGUCAAUGACACAGUUUUGUGGGUUUCUUUAUUAAACGAUAUAAGGUGCUUUAAUGUACUAAGAGAAACAACCUGAACUCUACAUGUUUUAUGAUUGAAAGCACGUGACCAUGCAACUUUGGAGUUUAUGGUGGAUCGACAGAAACACCCGAUUUAUAUAGUCGGAUCCAUGACUGGUUUUCUUACGUAGUAUGUUUUAAGCAUCUUCCGGCUUCCGUCAACCCUAAUACAGCAGAGUUUGUGGGAAAUAGUUAGUGGAGCGGAGAAUGAU